CAUUUUGUGUGGGAGAGAGAGGGGCAGCGGCGGGAGUUGGCGGAGCGGUUGGAGCUGAGCUUGCGGGGAGGGGGGGGGUGUCGGAGAGUGACGGCGGAGGAGCAGCGGGGUCGGUUUCUAAGGGCCCGGGUGUGUGUCUGUGCUUGUGGGCGAACGAGACGAGCAGAAGUCGGGGGACUUCUCCUUUGGAGCUUCUGUGCCGAGAAUCCGAUGUUGGGCUCGGCUCCUUGGCUGAAUACAGCAGAUCAGCCCAUGAAAACUUCCAUUCCCAGCCAAAGGAAGGAGUCCAGCAAAAGGCAGCACCUGCUUUUUCAGGCUUGGAAACAAGAAAGGGGACGAGAGUUGGAGAGUGUGGAGUCUGAGAAGACAACUGAAAGGUGACAUUUAAGUUGAAGAUGGGUGGUGGAGAAAGAUACAACAUUCCAGUUCCCCAGGCUAGAAAUACCACCAAGAACCAUCAGCAACUUAAAAGCAGGCAGAAGAACAAAGAGCAGAACUCGCAGAUGAAGAGCUACAUGAAGAAGGAAAGAGGCCACGGCUGCGGCUCCUCGCCCGGCGCCUGGCCGGCCAUGCAGAAGGGGAAGAGCAACGUCCACUUCCCCAGCAGCCAGAGCUGGAGUCCCGCCUUGGCCAAGCGCAACCUGUUCUUCACGCCUCAGCCCAACCAGAACUAUGCUGGAGCAAAGUUCAGUGAGCCACCCUCACCAAGUGUUCUUCCUAAGCCACCAAGCCACUGGGUACCUGUGUCUUUCAAGCCUUCUGAUCAGGAGAUCAUGACAUUCCAGCUGAAAACCUUACUGAAGGUCCAGGCUUGAGCUCUAGCUCUGGAUACCUCUACAGGGUUCCCAAUUGGAGAGUCGUCGUCCUUCCUAACUCCAGCUGUGCAGGUGUACAGAACCAGAUGUUCUUGCUGCAUGUAGUUAAAGUCACUUGGAAGAGAAAGGGGUAGAAGUUUACACUCCCUUCCUUUCCCCCCCUCGUGUUUUACCUCAAGAGUCGUGUGCUGUGUUCACUGUGAAAUAGUUUUGUUUGCUCUCUGAUCAAUCCAAUGCAAUCCUGAGCGGUCCCCACCUGCUGUAUUUAUUCUCAGAGCAGGGGGGGCUGUCUCCCAAAGUGACAAUUGUGACUACUUCGAUGGUGUGGUGUUAGAAAAACAGCUUUUACCUGGCUUAAUGCAGCAUUAACUGGAGGGAAAAACCCCAACCCCAGGCACUGAAAGCUUUUUCAGGUAUUUGGCUGCUUUUCCAACUCGUCUCAAAUUCGCUAGUUGAGGAAGAACCCUGCAGAGGGCAUGUGAGGAGCAGAGCUCCACCCAGGCACUAGGCAAAGCACAGAUAGUUGUAGCUGUCAGCUUCCUUUAGCACUCCUGAACCGGUGGCCAAGCAUUUCAAGCCUGUGACCAAAAGAGAUGCAGGAAAGGUCAUCAGUGCACGUUCCUGAAGGGAUGGGAGAGCCUCUUGGGCAGAGCUGUCCCUGCCUCCCUCUCCGGCUCAGCGACACUCGAGCCCCUGUGCCAACGACAGCACUGCGUUGCCAGGUGACUGCCAAAAGAAGAAAGGAAUCCCUCGUGUUCCCUGUGCACCGAUGAGGCCAACCCUGCAUCUCUGCAUCCCUUGUGAGCAGGUGGUUAGGUCAGAGCCCUCUUCACCUGGGUUAGCCUGCAGUAGCUCCUGGCAGGUGUGCAGCUGUUCCUCCUGGGGCAGACAGAGCCAUGUAAAUAAAUGUAAAGAAGUUUGUAGCAUAUGUAAAUGGAGGCCAGGGCUGCCCUGCACAGAAGUAUUUUUAGUACAGAACUGCUGAAUGUAAAAUGGCCACGGGGAGGAGGUGGCCUGAGGGG